AUGUCGAUGAGGGCAUCGCCACUGAGCGUGGAUCUAACCCCACCCUCCAAUGGACACAAUCACGGCCAUAGUCGUGGUCGUGGGCACUCUCGAUCAAACCGCUGGGCGCAACCUCCACCUCCCCUCUCUCAGCCAGCCGAAACUAGCCUUCCAGAACACCCGGAGCCGACCAAAACGGUGAACCUGGGUUAUCCAUAUGGGCAUACACGUCAAGGAUCUGGCCACAGCCAUCAUACACAUUCUCAUGCACACCAUACUCACAAUCAUAGUGUGUCAUCGAUUCGCCACGAUGUGGGAGAUCACCAAGGUGCCUAUGGUGUUCAUGGGAUAUUGUCUAGGGAUACGAAUUUAUCGGCAGAACUUAGCCUAGAUAAGACGCCUGAGUUUCUAACUAGUGCAUUCAUCGUGCUGCCGUGGAUUGCGUUGUCCUGGUAUCAAAGACAACAUGCCCAGGCACAAGCUUCGUCCGGUGAAGAUAUUCCUCUUACAGCUACCACUGUUUCUGUUGGCCAAAUUGGUCAUAAAACGUGCUUCUUAACAGCACUCACCCUUAUCAUCUUCGGCUCCGGUCAAAUAUUACGGACGAGCUACCAGAAGGCCGGCCCGUCCAGUCUCCCAUCCAUCAAACUCCAGACAUUGACUUCUCGGAGCGCCCAAACAGCCCUUUCACAGAUUAUAUCGGUGGCAUUGCCAAUAUUUGCGGCACUCAAGGUCGGAGGCUUUUUGGUAGCAUUCACCAUCCUUCUUGCGACCGCGUCAGGGGUUCCUGCCAUCAUGAACGGGGCCUCGCGUGCUCAAGAGAAAUACAGCAAGAAGACCAUGUCUAUCGCCCUACUGCUGGUGGGCAUUAUAUCCAGCUACCUGGGGCUGAACCGUGCCUGGGACGUAUCUCCGGUGAUUGGAUAUGCGGCGCUUUUAUGCUCCGUUUUUAUUGCCCCUCCUCCAUUUCCUUCCCUCCGUCAUAAUGGUCCUAUUCCCGAGCCUGGUCUCGUCGCUCCACAGAGCAAGUCUCCGGGGCCUGACCACUCUUCGGUAGUAGUCACAACCGAUGCCCCACUCGCUAUCAUCGCUGGGUUCUCCCUCGCAAUCUCGACCAUACUUCUCAAUCGAGGGUCUGUCUUCGGCAUCUCGAAUUUCGCAUACGUCUCGAUUCCUACAGCUCUUUUUGCUGUUUCGCUUAUGAUCUCCGAGCCCACAACCCUCCGCUCUCCUAACAAGACCGGACUCGCCAUGUCCGCUGGGGCUGCAGCUUUUCUUUCUUCUCCCCAUGCCCAGGAUGACUUGCUCAUGGUUUAUGCUAUGCGUGGUAUUCUAGCCGUUGCCUCAUUUUUCGCGUCUCGAAGGGAUGAUGCUCAUUUGCAUUUGGAUGCGCAUGCGCAUAGUCAUACGCAUGGCCAUUCGCAUUCACAUUCGCACACUACGACAGACACCACCAGAGUAUCCAAAUGGCUCCUCCAUAAGAGUGAGCCAUAUCCGCUGUUGCACAGCAUUCUCAAGGAAAAAGACUCUCGUAGCAUUUUCUACUUUAUGUGCCUGAAUUUUACCUUCAUGCUCGUCCAACUAUCAUACGGUUUCCUGACUGGAUCACUGGGUCUGCUCAGUGACAGUAUUCACAUGUUCUUCGACUGCCUUGCACUUGUUGUUGGUUUAUGUGCUGCUGUCAUGAGCAAGUGGCCUCCAAACGCUCGGUUCCCCUAUGGCUAUGGAAAGGUCGAUACUUUGUCAGGAUUCGCUAAUGGCAUCUUCCUCAUGAUCAUCAGCGUAGAGAUCAUCUAUGAGGCGGUGGAGCGGCUCUCGUCGGGGAGUGAGAUGCACCGCAUCGGCGAGCUUUUGAUUGUCAGCAUUGCUGGUCUGGCAGUUAACCUGGUCGGGAUUUUCAGCUUUGAGCAUGGCCAUGCUCAUCACGGCCACGAUCAUGGACACGACCAUUCUCAUGGCAAUGAGAACAUGCAUGGCAUCUUCUUGCACAUCCUCGCUGAUACGCUUGGUUCAGUGGCAGUUGUCAUUUCCACCAUUCUUGUGCAUUACUCUGGCUGGUCUGGGUAUGAUCCAUUGGCGUCGUGCUUCAUUGCCGUAUUGAUUUUCGCGUCCGCUGUUCCUUUAGUCAGCAGUACGGCAAAGACAUUGCUUCUCACUCUGCCAGCCGACACGGAAUAUAACGUUCGGGAAACACUGGCGGGAGUCAGCACUCUCAGAGGCGUGGUCAGUUAUACGGUGCCUAAGUUCUGGCUUGAUGAGACGGGAGUGUCUUCCGGUCAUAGCCAUUCCCAUGGCCAUUCUAGCCAAAAAGAUUGUGACCACGAUCAUAGCCAUAGCGAGCAUCAUCACGGUCAUGAUCAUGAACAUCACCACAGCCACGAUCACGACCAUCAUCACGAUCACGCACAUGAGAAAAAGCCUCAAAGUGUCUUCGGUGUGAUCCAUGUCAUUGCUUCUAGGGGUGCCGAUGUGGAAGAUGUGCGUCAUCGGACCGUUGAAUUCCUCCGAGAGAAGAAUAUGGACAUUCUCGUUCAAGUUGAGCGUGAUGGUGAUGCGCGCUGCUGGUGUGGCGUGGGAAGCAAAAGCUUUUGA